AUGGAGGACCGCAAGAGGCCCAGUGCGCACGACGACUCGGCCCCGCCUGCGAAAAGGCAAGCUGUGACCGUCAACGGUGCUCGCUCGCAUCCAGACGCUGACAUGCCAUGGAAAGAUGAUAUCGAGGCCUACCAGAAAGAUGCCAUCCUGCGCCAGAUGCGCGAGUACAAGCGGGAGAAGGCUACCCUCGAGGCCCACCUGCACGAGGUGGAAGCCCGCUCGAGCUAUCACGACGACGAGCUGCGGACUAUCGAUGCAUGGUUCGACCAGCUUGUUGACGAGAUCAAAAUCUUGAGUGGGGAGACCCUGUCAGGUGACUCUUCAUCUCGAGCCGUCCCUGCCGCGCUCCUGUUUGAAGACAGCGAGACGUUCAGAAGACACCUUUCGAAACGGAAAGAAACAAUCCUGUCGUCGCUGUCCGGCCUCUUCGCCAAGUAUCCCCCCAGGAGCCCGGAUGUUGCUCAUCUCGAGCGCCAGUUGUCUGAGCUGCUGGCUGCGCAGAAGCAGCAUGUUGCACAGUCCCAGAAGAUGAUGACGGAGAAGGAGCAGCUCUCCGACCGCCUGGACACUGCCACCCACCGCUAUCUGGUAGCCGAGAAGAAGAUGGACAGGUUCAAGAGCCAGCAGGUACAGAAACUCGAGCAGUCUGCAGUAGCAUCCACAGGAAAGGACGAGACGCCGUCUGCCGGCGUCAAGAAGGAGGCCACCAACGGCACCACCCCAGAACCAGCCGUCACCGAGGAACUGGAGACGGCAAAGGCUCAGGCUGUAGCCGAAGCCUCCAAGCGGAAAGCACAGCUCGACGAUGUCGAGAAGGAGAAUAGGAGACUGACCGAGGAGCUGUCAGCUCUGAAAGUAAAGCUGACAGGCCUCUCUGACGACGACUACGCCAAGACCGAUCUGUUCAAGGCAUUGAAGUCUCAGCACGAGGACGUCAUCAAGAGGAUCAAUAACCUGGAGGCAACCAACAUUCAACUACGGGAAGAGGCACAGAAGUACCAGGCCGAGCGAACUGCAUACCGGAUAAAGAUCGACGACGAAUCGCGGUCCUCGCUGGCUGAGUCUGAGAGCGCCGUGUCACAGGCUGAAGCGAAUCUUGCACGCAUCCGACACGCGCGAGACGAGCUGAUAGCCAGGAACAACACUCUCGAGGCUAGUCACAAGGACAGCGAAGCCUCAAACGCCCAGACCAAGGAGCUCGUGGGUGCUUGCGAGAGCCGUAUUGCAGCACUGGAGUCUGAAUGCGAACGGCUGCGCCUGCAGAUUGCCCAAAUCCAACCAGGAGAACGUGUGGAGACGGACGAGUCAAGACCCGAGCAGUCGCCGAGUAAAAUCGCCAACCUGGAGAACCAGCUCAGGCUUCUAAGCGGCGAGCUGCCGUCGAUGGAGUCUGCUUGGAAAAAGGCGCAGGCGGUCGCAGGAAAGAAGAUUGCCGACCUGGCAGCCUGGGAGGAAAACAUGGCAAGAGCAAACGCAGACAAGGCCAAGGCCGACCAGAAGUUCUUCGCCGCCAUGAAGGCAAAGGGCGAGAUGGAGCAGCAGACGCGCAUCCUGCGCCUCCAAGCCUCCAAGUCGACCGAGGUCGUCGCGCAGCUGAAGGAAGCCGACUCCCUCAGCCGCUCGCUCGUCGACAAGCUCGAGAAGCAAACGGCCGAGAUGCGGUCCCAAAUGGACGACCUCUCGGCGACGCACCGCCAGCUCCAGCAGAAAAUCGCCGACAACGCGCUCGCCUCGGCAGCCCACAGCGCCCAAGUCGCCGAGCUGAAGAAGCUCGUCGACGCAAAGGACGCCGCGUACCUGGCGGCGCGCCACUCGCAGCGCGAAGCGUGCACGGCCCGCGACGGGCUCGCCGCGCAGGUCGACGGACUCACGGAGCAGAUCAAGGUGUGGAAGAAGAAGAGCAAGGGCGAGCAGAGCGUCGAGGCCGCCCUCAUGGAGUCGAUGCUGCAGUGCCAGAUCUGCAAGAGCCGCGUCAAGAACACGUGCAUCAAGACGUGCGGCCACCUCUUCUGCCACGACUGCGUCCAGGACCGCCUCACCAACCGCGCCCGCAAGUGCCCCAACUGCGGCAAGGCCUUUGGCAGCAACGACACCAUGCGCGUCCAUCUGUAG